AAAUCACAAGCGUUAUUUAAUAUUUAUUAACAGCCUUUUAUUUGUAAUUAAUUUUUUUUAUAAACUUUAUUUUUAAUUAAACGCUUCUUCUAAAUCCAACCACUUUAGUUUUACUUUUACAAGACCCAAAUUAAACAUCUGAUGUGCGUGCAAGUGCAACACUCACUUGAACCCAAAUGCUGAGAGCGUCCACCUCCGAAUGAACCAAAAUGUCUCCUAUCUUUCUUAAAAUCCCAGAAUCCUCACCUCUAAUCUCACAAGCUGACAUUAAAAAUUGGAUUUCCAAAUCAAAUUUGAGCAAGCCCAGCCAGCGAGAGCAUUAGCGUCUAAGCUUAGUGGAGAAGUGCGAGAUUGUCGAUUUGACGAUGGAGCUUCAACAUUGGCGGCAUUGGCGGCAUCCGUUGGUCUUUAAUGAAGACGAGAGAAGUGGAGAUGAUUGUUUUGGGUGCAGGGAACCAGUCUUUGGGCCUAGCUAUAGUUGUAUAGAAAGCGAUUGCGAUGGUUACUACUAUCAUCAUAAAUCAUGUGCUGAACUACCCAUUGGGUUGCACCAUCCCUCACACCCAAAUCAUCCUCUUAUUCUCUUUGGCAUAAAUACAUAUCUUUACAACGAAGAAGAAUAUGACAGAUUCAGCAAAUGCGAUGUCUGCGGAGAAAAGAGUGUAGAAUACAGUUAUUGUUGUUACCGUUGCAACUUCAUCAUUCACAUCAGAUGUUCUUCUUUAUCACCCACCAUCCAAACUGAAGUCCAUGACCACCAAUUGACCCGCAGCAUUUGGAAGCAGUUGAAGUUCACUUGCGACUUCUGUGGCAAAGAAGGCAAUCUGCCCUAUUUUUGUUUCCAAUGCGAUUUCGCUAUACAUUCACGUUGUGCUGCUUGCCCACGCAGACUGAAAGUUUUCCGUCACAACCACCCUCUCCACCUCACCCCUUCUCUUGAAGUCCAUCAAUCCGACUCUCCAAUUUGCCUACUCUGUGUUCGAAAAGUGGAUACACUCUGCCUUUACUAUUGCUCAAGAUGCGAUUUUGCUGCCCACCUCUAUUGUGCUAUGCUCCCCCAAAACAGGGAGUACAUAAAUUUGCAGGAUCUUAAAGAGGAGCAGUCCACCGAGUCAAAAUCUGAAGAUCCAGAGCUCCAUCAAUCCUUUGACUCAGAAAUUUGCAAAGUCAAAAAAACCGUUGUGGGGGAGGACGGAACUCAAAUAGCCACAGAAAUCGAGCACUUCAGUCACAAGCAUGAUUUGAAGCUUACUGAUGAGAUUCCGAAUAACACAAAAUGCAACGGGUGCGUACAAUCCAUUCUCUCUCCAUUUUACAGUUGUACCCCGUGUAGCUUCUUUCUUCAUACAUCUUGUUCUAAAUUACCCAAAAUAAAACGAUACCCAAUUCAUGAACACCCUCUCACCCUCAGUUAUCAGCAAGCUUCUUUUUUCUGUAAUACCUGUGCCCAGAUGUGCAACGGCUUAAAAUACAACUGUCAAAUAUGCUCAGUGUAUAAUUUCCAUGUUCAAUGUAUUUUAUUAUCAGACACCCUCACUCUUGCCUGUCAUGAGCAUCGUCUUUACCUCUCCAUGACAAACUCUCUACAAAAGUGUAGUAGUUGUAAUUUUGAAAACUAUUGUGUAUUCCGUUGUUCCACUUGUGAAUUUGUUCUAGACUUAAAAUGUGCUACACUACCACAAACCACAUGGUACAACCAACAUGAACAUCCCUUCAACCUCCGUUAUACUCUUGAAGAUGACACCGGUGAAUAUUAUUGUGACAUCUGUGAAGAAGAACGAGAUCCCAAGCAAUGGUUCUACUACUGUGCAAAGUGCAGCUUUCCUGCUCAUCGUGACUGUAUUCUUGGGGAAAAUCCAAAUGUCAAGUAACACAUAUAAUGGCCACCAAUUUGGAGGUGUUACACAGUAAUUUGACUCUCACCCACACACAAUGUACUUUCAUUGAAGAAAUAAAAACCAAUGACAAUUUUAAAAGUGAUCUAUCAAUGUGCCCAAUAUAAUUUCAAUAUUCACAAUAAUUGUUUAUAGUAAUACCACUGUUGUUUUAAUUUUU